AUGACAACGGCGGAGCAGAGACCGUCAUCCCGCAGUCCUCCGGACAUGGUGCUGCGCCGCAGAAAAGACAGCAUGGGCGCCAAAGAUGCAACCCACAGAAGUCUCACUAAGCGGAAGAGGGCCCGAUCUCUUGAGCGUCGCACCUGGAUGUGGCCCCUCUAUGUCGUCCUCGGCGUCCUCGCUAUCUACGCCGUCCAUCCCUUCGAGUCCAACCCAGUGCACAACUUCCUGCUCCUCUCCUACAGAAUUCCAGAAUCGGGCCAGGGACAGCCUGCGCAGUACGGAAAGGGCCUCUGGGACGUGGCCUUUGUGGGCUUCUACGUCGUGCUCUUGACCGUUACAAGCAGAUUCUGCAUACAGGAGCUGCUGCACCCGCUGGCGCGUGUCUUAGGGAUCCGGGCCCGGGCCAAGCGCGUGCGCUUCGCAGAGCAGAUGUACACGGCUCUGUACAUUCUCGUCAUGGGCCCUUGGGGCCUCUUCGUCAUGCGCCACACGCCCGUGUGGUACUUUGACGCGCACGACAUGUUUGCCGCCUAUCCGCACCGGACCCUCGACGCCAGCCUCAAGGCCUACUACCUGGUUCAGGCUGCUUUCUGGCUCCAGCAGGUCGUCGUCAUGGUCUUGGGCCUCGAGCAGCGCCGCAAGGAUUUUAAAGAGUUUGUCGCCCACCACGUCGUCACUGUCAGCCUCAUCGCCCUCAGCUACCGCUUCCACUUUACCCACAUCGGGAUUGCUGUCUACAUCACCCACGACAUCAGCGACUUCUUUCUCGCCGUAUCCAAGUCGCUAAACUACCUGCAGUUCAAGUACCAGGGGCCGCCGUUCGCCAUCUGCAUCGCCGCCUGGAUUUAUUUACGCCACUACAUCAACCUGGGCAUCCUGUAUUCGCUGCGUCCACAGGGCGAGUUUAGCACUGUCGGCCCCUACGAGCUCAAAUGGGACGCGCAGCAGUACAAGAGCCCUCUGUCGAACGUCAUCACGUUCACGCUAUUAGCAAUGCUGCAGUCACUGAACCUGUUCUGGCUGUACUGCUUGAUGCGGAGCGCUUACCGUCUCAUCUUCAAGGGAAUUGCGAAAGACGAUCGGUCGGAAGAUGAAGAGCCGACAGAAAUUACUCUGAACACGGCCACGGAGCAUGGAAACGGAAACACCCAGGGGCUUUCGCAACCUGCGCAGAGGAAAAGCAGAAGGCCUUAA